UUUGAGUCACGCAACAGCUCUCAGUUGGCCGCGCGCUUGGCCUCGAUGAAAGGCCCGCCGCUGUUCCAGCGCCCGGCUUCGGUGGCUGCGUGCGUCGUGCUGCUACUGAUUGGGCUGCUACUGUUUGUCGGCGCCUUGGCGGCCGCCGCCGCACGUGGCCACGGACAAUCCUCUGCAGCUCCAGGCGCGCCAUCGCCAUCCCUGCCACUUGCAACCAAACCGCUCGAGCUGCGGCCGCGCUUUCACUCCAGCACGGCUGGACGGGGGAUCGACGUGAGGCACGGCAGCAGGCGCAGGAACCCAACGUCUCAUGUUGGAGGUCCGGCGCCUACCGAAGCUCCGAAGGCCGAGGCCAAGGCUGGCCCGCUGAUCCGCAGAAUAUAAGGCGAGACCGGCCCGCAUAAGUGUGUUUCACGUGUCUCUCUGUCCCCUGUUCAAAAUUAAAGACGGGUCCGCCUCC